AUGGUAAUGUUUCUACUGCUGGCUUUGGCAUUUGCUCUGAAUCAUGCUCAUGCUGAGCUUGAAGGAAAGUGGGUUACCACUGCCAUUGCUGCUGACAAUGUAGACAAGAUAGAGGAAGGAGGACCCAUGAGAUUCUACAUGCGUGAACUUACUUGUAGUGAGGAAUGUAGUCAAAUGGAAAUCACAUUUUAUGUCAAUGUGAAUGACCAAUGUUCACAGACCAAAAUCACUGCAUAUAGGCAAGAAGAUGGAAACUACAGAACCCAGUUUGAAGGUGAUCAUGUAUUUAAACCUGUGUUUGCAACAGAAGACAACAUAGUCCUUGCUGGUGAUAAUGUGGAUAGAGCCAGCCGGAGAACAAAAUUGAUUUUUGUUCAUGGAAAAGGUCAACCCUUGACUCCUGAGCAACAUGAGAAACUUGAGGCGUAUGCUGAGGAACGUAGCAUUCCACCAGAGAACAUUCGAGACGUUCUGGCUACAGGUUCUGCCACAACAGAAGCAGACAUUUUCCACCAGGCACUUCUGGAAGGCAAUAUGGCUACUGAGGUUUCCCUGACAGUACUAAACACCAUAUCGUUUUUCACCCAGUGCUUCAAGGCUGCAAUGUGCUAUGUCCAUGUCAUGGCUCUUGUUUCAGAAUUUCUUCACCGAAAGAGUAAGACCUUCCUCUUUUGA